GUGGUCCUUCAUGAUGGAGCAAUAAUGGUGUUGACCGUCUGUCCCAAAUGCCGACACGAGUUCCCGCCGACUGCUUCGCCGCUCGAGCCGGCCCCGCUGCUGCCCACCACGCCCCAGCUCUGCCCCUGCCCCCGCUCCGUCGGGCCCACCCCCGCGCCCGCCCCCAGCCUGGGCGGCGGCGCUGUCCCUGCCGCCUGGCUGCCCCCGGCUCAACCGCCGGGCCCCGUCUCCUCGCCGACGCCGUCGUCAGCCAUGCUGUCGCUGUCCAUCACGGCGUCCAGCGCUGCCUCCCUCAACGGCGGCCAUGUGGUGGUGAAGACGACGCCGUCUGUCGCGGCGCCCACCAUCUCGGUGACGGCCACGCUCCCCGCCGUGGCGCCCAUGUGGGCCUGGAACCAGCCCGCCCCCGUCUCGGUGCCCAGCAUGGCUCCUGCGCCGACGUGGGCCAUGAUGCCCACGCCGUGGGCGAUGCCGCAACCGACGCCGACCUGGCCCACGCAGACUGGUCCUGUCCCCGCACCACUAACCCUCGGCCUGGAGCUUAUCCACGGCCCCCUGGCCCACAUGGGGGUCAACAGGCCGAGGCAGCCGCUCAGCCAGCCGCACAAUCAGCCCCCCGUCUGGGUGAAGGGGGCGCAGUACCGGCUCACUGGGGGCGGCAUCCUUCACGAGCGUGGUCAGCAGGGUCAGCAGGAGGCCCCCGUUCUGCUGCAACCGCGGGGGAAACCAACCCAUCCGCCCCAAGUCUGCGGCUCGGCGUCCGGCGUCGCCCCCGAGCAGUCGCCCUCCACGCCGCUGUCCUUCGUGCUGCCCGGAGGAGUGGCGCUGGCCGGCCUCUCGGUCGACCUCCAUGCCGUCGUCCCGGAGGCCUGUCCGGCGCCGGCCCACCAGCCCGCGCCGGAGGUCGGCUCCAACCCGGAGGCGGAGCUGCGCCUGCUCCAGGCCACCACUCAAGCCCUGCAGACCAGCGGCUGGUACUACGAGGGCUUCUCGUGGCAGGAGUCGGCCGCCACGCUGCGCGACGCCGCGCCCGGCACCUUCUUGGUCCGCGACUCGAGCGACCCGCGCUUCCUCUUCUCACUCAGCGUGCAGACGGACCGCGGCCCCACGAGCGUGCGCCUGCUCUACGUGGCUGGGGGCUUCAGGCUGGACGCGGAGCCGCACCUCGCGCCGACGAUGCCCCUGUUCCCCUGCGUGCUGCAGCUCAUCGAGCACUACAUGGACCACCGAGGGAAGCGGGGCUCCGCGCCCGUCGCCGCCGCUGCUGGUGCGAGUGCGCCUCGCAACCGGGAGCAGGUGUGGGUGGAUGCGCGCGGACAGGUGUAUUCCCACAUCCUGCUCACGGCACCCCGCCGACACACAGUCCCGGGGCUGCAGCACCUCGCCAGGCUCGCCGUCCACAAGCAGCUCAAGGCCGCCGCGACCACGUCGAUAACGCCGCAACAGCGAAGCGAGAGGAUCGCGAAGAUGGAGUUGCCCACGACCCUGUGUCGAUUUUUAGACGAUUACCCUUACGCACUAUGACCUCGAACUGCCGCCAUAGGGCUGUGUGCGGUUAAGCUAGUUAAGGUGAAAAAUGACUUAGGUUUUCGAGAGGAUUCGAACCCGCGGCUGCCGUCAUCUCCGUUACCACUUGCAUCCCUCGGGAUACAAACUAGUGUGUUAAUCAAGUGAUGACAUGACUGUGUCGUCGCGGGAUCGUUUACUUUCAAAAUCUUGUUGAUAUUUUUUUUAUGUUUCCUCAGUGUUUUCUUUGCCUACCUGUGUCAACCCUUGUAACAACUCUCUCACCGUUCUGUCGAUGUUUUCUUAUCAGUCGGUAAGAGAUGUUAAAACCAAAUAAUAGGAUAAUAAUUUCUGUACUUGAAUGUUGUGGGUGUCCUUUUUAUUUGUUAUUUUUAUUCUCGUUUAAUUGUUAUGAGCGUGUGUAAUGUGUGUAUGUGAAUGGGGACAAUGUGUCCUUCAGCUACCUCAAAAGCAUUGUUACCGUGGGCAGCUGCUGCUGAGGCUGUUCCCACUCACUGAAAGGAACAGGGUAACUAGAAAUUAUGUCCUCUGGUUGCCUCUGUCAGUUUUGUGAUAUUAAUUUAUUUUUACAAUAAUCAAGAAUCUAUAUCAUGUUUUGUACUGAUGUGUAUUGUAGUACUUGUACUUUUUAUAACAGUUCCAAAUGAUGUUUGACAUUGACUGCUCAAAUUGAGUAGUACGAAGUGAUUGCCUUUGUCUCUAGUGUGUCACUAGUUUGUUGCAAUUUUAUAUCAAAAGAAGUUCCUGUAUGCCAAAUCAAAAUUGUGGGCCUUUUGUUUGACUUAAGAAAUCAAUGAAUCAGAAUAAUAUGAAACAGUAUUUUUGUACUCAGUUGUGUGUUUACUUCUGGCUAUUUAUUUUUGUGUGACGACUUUCACACCUUCCAGAGAAGUACUAUUUAUUAAAGAAAACCAAUGUUUUAUGAAA